CCUUGGCAUGGCGUAGCCCGGACGGCGAGCUCCUGGAGCUGCUAUGGCAGAACGGGGCUGUCGUGGCGCACUCGCAGGCGCACCACCAGCGGGUCUUCGGCCGCGGCCCGAGCGGCGGCAACACGGGCGCGAGCGGCGUCACCGGGGAGGAGGCGGCGGCGUGGGUCCCGGACGGCGGCGCACUGGGCGGGGACGUCUACUCGCAGCUCUGGCACAGCAUCGCGCAAGUCGACGGGCGCGUGGGCAGGGACACCUCCGUGCCCACCCGGCCGCCGGCGAGGAGCGUGAAUAGCGGCGCCGGGUCGAGCCGGACAGCCAGCUUCUGCAGCAGCAACCUGAUGACGUCGGCACCAGUGCUGCACCUGCACGUAGAGGACGACAUCGACGACGCUGCGUUGCCGCCGCCGGCGCGCACGGGGGCGCGUCCACGUCGGGCGGGUCGAGGAGCAAUGCGCUGCUCAAGAGGAGCAGGGACGAAUUCGAUAGCCGAAAGCGAGGUUGUGUUCUCGAUUCUUUGUUGGUCGCAACAGGUUAAGAUUGCAUAAAUUCAGUUCAAUUGGUUAGAGAAAAAAAAAAGAAUUUGCCGGACGCAGAUUUCGUGGCCGUCGACGAGACCUGGACGUCGAGGCGGUCGGCGUCGAAGCGCAGGACUCGCUGACAUCUUCGUUGGUGGUGCAUUUGCAGCAAGCACGGUUGGUAAAUGUGUGUCCUUGAGUUGGUUUAACGUCCCCUGUUGCAGAGAAGGGACCGCAUCAACGAAAGAUGCGUGCAUUGCAAGAACUCGUGCCUCACUGCAACAAGACCGACAAAGCGUCGAUACUAGACGAGGCAAUUGAGUAUUUGAAGCCCCUCCAAUUGCAAGUUCAGAUCAUGUGGGUGACUACUGGGAUGGGGCCGAUGAUGCUCCCUGGUGCCCAACAACUUUCAGCGUGCAUGCCACCGGCAGCGCAAGUCCUAAGUCAGUUGCAAAGAGUGCCACCAUACAUGAACAACCUGUUGCCGAAUCAAAUGCCUCAGAUCCCAUCUCCAGCUACCAAUCCACCCAAUGUGGCAAACCAGGUUCAUAACGAUCGCAUCGCCGAGCCAAGGAAUCGUUCCCUUCUUCCUAAUGAUGCGCUAGCAGCAACACCUGAGGUGCCAAACUUAUUUGGCCAUGGAUCUCUAAUGGCACAGCAGAAUGAUAUUCAGGAGUUACUGGCUCCAGAUUUGGGGGCCAAGCUGACAUCUUCGUCUGACGGAACCGGAACAUAAGACCACCGCAGUCC